GAACAAAAUAAUAUCAUCAACGAACAUGCGAAGAGCAAUGACCGAGGCAGCUGUACUACUGAGAAAGAUAUGCAUUAACAUAAUGUAUCCCGAUGUGCCACCUAUACAUAAGGAAUGCCAUACUACAGCUACACCGAUCGUUCCUAAAUAUUUUUCUUGGUCAGUCAAGCGCUGGUUUAAGACCACUCAACAUUGAAGUUAUUUAUUUUCUUUACCCUGAUGUUGUUCGUUUUUUGUUUAGAACGUUAGUAGGUUUAGACGACGAUGUUUCACUUGAUAGCACCACAGCCAUUUUAUCAUUUUUCUUGGAAUCCCAUUUUUCCGAUGACAACUUUUUGAUCGCUUAUACACGUGAUAUAAACGAAAUUUUCGUAAAUGUUUUCGUUGAUUUAGUCUUGUAUAACGAAGUGUCGGGAAAUUUUGCAGCACGUGUCAUUUCAUCGCUUUGUACUAAUGAGAAGAUUCCCGGAAUUAUUGUAGAAAUUGUCGACUAUAUUCAGGUUCAUUUUCACAAGAUGCUCAAAAAUAUUUUUCGAAAUAUCACCACCUUAUUAAAAGGCCUAUAUCUCCGAUAUACUACCUUAGACGUCCAGAUUGCUGUUUGUGAUAAGUAUCGUAUUCUCGUUGAUGAAGGUUUUCAGAAAAUUAUUAGAUAUUUAAGUGCACAAAGUAAUAAUUAUCGUACUUUGUUUUUAAUGUUACAAAUCAAUAUUGUGAGUAUGGACCAAUGCUUUGGGUUAGAACUUUUUAAAAAGAGUCGAUUUACUUAUGAAGAACGGAUGGGUGUGCAAAAUUACAUUCCUUAUCUAUUAAAGAGUGUACCUAUUGGUUCCUUAAACAAUGUGAUAAAGAUAAUACUAAAUAGUGAGGUACCUAUUGGGUUUAAAUCUCUUUGUCUAUCAAAUAGUAUUGCUAGGUUUUUAAGAAUUUCUAGUGAUGAUAUUAAUGUGGUCUCUUCUAUUUGUGAUACCUUAGUUGUAAGUCUACUGAAUAGUUUUCAGUUGAAUUGUCAAUAUUCUAACAGUAUUUGUAGUAACUUAGUUUUAUACUUACUUCAAAAGUUAAAGAAAAUUCGUGUAAAUCCGUUACUUAUUUCUUUUGUUCGGGGACAGUACCAAAAAAUUAAUAUUAACAACGUGUAUGUAACGUCGGUAGUUGCAGCGUUGUUAAGUAAAGAUUUAAAUUUAUUAGAUUGCGACAAACAAUUUAUAAAAAGCGUAAUUAAAUCGAUUAAGGAUUCUUUUAUUUUUGAAGUUGUUGAAAAAGACUUCUACCUUGCGUCGACGAUAAUUUACUAUUUUAAAUGUGCAGACAAGACUGACAAAUUAACUUUACUCAUAAUCGUUUUUCGUUUCUUAUUUGAAGAAGAAACAUGCGACGAGGCAUUGAAAUUUGUAUCUCUAGCUUUUAAUAUACGAAAAACUAGUCUUUUGCCUAGUACAAGAAACCUAUUAAAUAAAGACAAACUGUUAAUGUACUUAAGUAACUACGAGGUUGCUAAAUUCUAUGUGCAGUUACUUAUCUAUUUACGUACAAUUAAUGAUCAUGGUGAUAAAAAAGAUGGUGCCUUUAAUGUUAUAGAUGUUAGUUAUGUAUUUUUGUAUAAGAAAUUUCUAAAGAAAAUCAUAAAAAAAGAAUUAAAAGAUCAAGAUCGUGUAUUGGAGAUGAGUUGA